AUGAGAGCUACUGAAAACCUGAGAGCUACUGAAGACCUGAGAGCUACUGAAGACCUGAGAGCUACUGAAGACCUGAGAGCUACUGAAGACAUGAGAGCUACUGAAGACCUGAGAGCUACUGAAGAGCUGAGAGCUACCAAAGACAUGAGAGCUCCUGAAGACCUGGGAGCUACUGAAGACCUGAGAACUACUGAAGGCCUGAGAGCUACCGAAGACAUGAGAGCUACCGAAGACAUGAGAGCUACCGAAGACCUGAGAGCUACCGAAGACCUGAGAGCUACCAAAGACAUGAAAGCUACUGAAGACCUAAUAGCUACCGAAGACCUGAGAACUACUGAAGGCCUGAGAGCUACUGAAGACCUGAGAGCUACUGAAGACCUGAGAGCUACCGAAGACCUGAGAGCUACUGAAGACCAGAGAGCUACUGAAGACCAGAGAGCUACCGAAGACAAGAGAGCUACUGAACCUGAGAGCUACUGA